AUGAGGUGGAUAUUGGCUGGAGUUGUCCUCACCUCUCUGGUGUCCUGUCUGACAUCUGCCUGGAAACCCUCUCAGCCCAGACUACAAAUCACCCAUUCAGAGCUGAGGAGGAAUGGGCGUCUGUUCUCUCUCUCAUUGCCUGCUGGGAAUAUCCACACUCUACUGCCUGAUGAAGAUGGCCGUCGGCUCUACGUAGCCAUGAAGAACUACUUACUCUCCACCAGCCUGGAUGAUAUUACACACAACCCUCACAAGCUAUACUGGCCAGCGAGUCAAGAACGGGUCCAAGAGUGUUUGAUGGCAGGGAAAGACCCAGAGCUGGAGUGUGCCAAUUUCCUGAGAGUCUUGGAGCCGUAUAACCACACACACCUGUACAUCUGUGGGACAGGAGCAUUUAACCCACGCUGUGCUUUCAUCCCUACCAACCUGUUCCUCAAGGCGGAGGAACAGACUCUGGAGGAUACACACACAGAGACUGGGAAAGGGAAAUGCCCAUAUGAUCCCCACCAGAGAACUGCAGCCGCCAUCAUCGAUGGAGAACUCUAUUCUGGCAUCUCAUCUGACUUUAUGAGUCGUGACUCUGCCUUUUUCCGUAGUCUGGGGGACCGUCAUGUGAUCCGCACCGAGCAAUAUGAUCCCACCUGGCUUCAGGACGCUCAGUUUGUACGAGUGGCGAUGAUGGCAGAGAGUGAUAAUCCUGAGGACGAUAAAGUCUACGUGUUCUUCACUGAGCGCGCUCAGGAGGCCGAGGGGGCGAUGGGGAAAGUGCUCUACUCCAGAGUAGCACGAGUCUGCAAGAACGACAUCGGCGGCCAGAGAAGUUUGGUGAAUAAAUGGAGUACUUUCCAGAAGGCUCGUAUAGUGUGCUCAGUUUCAGGUCCUGACGGAAUACAAACACACUUUGACCAACUACAGGAUGUCUUUAUCCAGUACGGCAGAGACAGGAGGAACCCUUUGAUCUAUGGUCUCUUCAGCACCACAAGUGACGUCCUGAACGGAUCGGCCGUGUGUGUUUACCGGAUGGAGGACAUUGUCCGAGCGUUCAAGGGGAACUUCUACCACAGGGAGGGGCCUCAGUAUAAGUGGGCGGAGUAUACUGGCCGGAUUCCCUACCCCAGGCCUGGAACAUGUCCCAGCAGCACGUACGGUAGUUUCCGCUCGACUCGGGAAUACCCCGAUGACGUUAUCUUCUUCAGCCGCACUCACCCUCUGAUGCAGGAGACUGUGCAUCCACUUGGAGGUCAGCCUUUGAUCCUGAGGGCGGGCGUGACUUAUAAGUUCACCCGCCUCCUCGUGGACAGAGUGGAGGCCGUCGACGGGGAGUAUGAUGUCCUGUUCAUCGGCACAGACUCAGGUCUGGUGCUGAAGUCUAUGCAUUUGCCUGGACGGAGUGGACACGACCAGGAAGUCACACUGGAGCAGUUACAGGUCUUUAAGCACAAAUCACCUAUCACUGCGAUGACACUGUCCAAAAAAAAGUGGUUGUUUGUGGGGUCGUCUGAGGGCAUGGCCCAGCUGGCUAUGUAUCAGUGUGAGCUGUACGGUCAGGCCUGCGCGGAGUGCUGCCUCGCCCGUGACCCGUACUGCACUUGGGACGGUCAUGCCUGCAGCCCCUACAUACCCAUCGCACGCAGGAGGAAUACGCGACAGGUUGGUGAUGGAGGAGACCCUUUGAGGCAGUGCGUGAGACAGGGAGCUGGUCUGCAGGUGCAGGCAGAAGAGAGGACAUUGGUGGUUGCCGUGGGUAACAGCACCUAUUUGGAAUGUGUCCCAAAAUCUCGUCAUGCAGCCAUAACCUGGUUCAAAGAGGCAGGAGAAAACAGUCUAGAACAACAGCAGGUAACAUCAGGGGAGCAUCUGGUGGUGAUUGACACGGGAAUUCUGAUUCCGAGGGCGGAGCUUAACCAUGGGGGCGUGUACCACUGUCAGCUCGAGGAGCACGGGUUCCGCUGGACAGCGGUCACAAUUCACCUGAAUGUGUGGAGCCCCUCCGCCUACUCCAUCCCAGGCUCCGCCCAGCCCUGGUACCAGGAUGUGAUGGCCCUGAUCCACCCAACAAACCUCGAACAGCGCUGCAAAGAACUCAACCGGCGUCGUCAUGGCAACAGGAGCCGUGAACGCAACCGAGAGCGAAAAAGGGGAGACAGGCAUAAGAAUGGAGGGAGGGGAAGCAGAGAGAAAGGAAGAGGGAGGAAGAGUAGAAGCAAAUCACAGGCUACUGCAUUGAGGACACCCAGAAAUGCUUAG